AUGAGCACCAACCCCCCCCCCCAUCUGGCAGGCCACCCCCUCCCAGAAUACCUCCAAGCAAAGGCAGCCUUCGCCGCCCCCCUGCUCCACCUAGUGGACAAGCAUAAGCUCCUCAGCAAAAUGGGCCUAGAGGAUAAGUCCCCUGCCACAGACGACCUCCUACAACACAUCGCCUCCACCUUCCACACCCAAGACCCCGGUUUGAACCCGGCCAAAGCCAUCAUCUCCCUCCUCCUCGGCCUCUCAACCCAAAUCGAGAAACUCACUACAGAGGUUCACACCCUAUCCGCGAGACACACCGCCGACGUUACCCUCCUCAACUCACGCAUCAACAACUGCACCCCUCAGCACUCCCCAGCACCCGCCCCCCAUGCCCGUCCUCCCCCUCAACGGCAACCUAGUACCCACCAAUCCCGCCAGCCCUCACGCCCCGCCCCGGUCAUUCCUCCCCCCCAAGGCGCUGCAACCGAAGGAGCAGAGCCCUACCUCAACGACCCCAUCGAAACCAUAGACCAAAACGGCAAUAGACGCCUCCUUACCUAUGCCGAGAAACUCAAACAACACCAGAACAACUCCCGUCCCGCCGCCCCCUCCCCCGCCACUCGGAAUGCAGGCCCCCGCAAACCCACAGCUCCUCAACCAGCAACAAACCUCCCCACCGCCCAACGCCGGUUCUUCGCAACCAGAUCCAACCCCGCCCCCUUCCCGAACCACCAACAACUCGAAGCGAGACUCCCCUCCGACCUCGGAAGGGUCCUAGCCAACGCAGGCCUCACCCACCCACACACCGCCCUAAAAGUCCAGGUCAACCUCCUGAACCUCGCCUGCAGCGCCACCGAUAACCCGCUCAACGAUUUCCAACUCGCACCAACUAACGUCGACUACGCCAUCCACAACGUUCCCAUCUUCGCCCUCGACGUCCCAGAAUCCCUCUUCACUCCCCACCUCGCUGAAGCCGUUGCCCUCACCACUGGAGCAUCUCUCUCCAGAGCCCGAUACCUCUCCAAGCCCGAAAAUAGAAUCGGGAAGACCACCACCUCAAUCGUCAUCUCCGUCCCUGCCAACGACACUGACAAGAUCGGAGACCAAAUCCGCCUAUUCGGACGCUCCCGCUGA